AUGUCAACAGCCCCAGAAGCCCCCGUUUCGACGGCCAGGCAGGCGUUGAAGAACUGCUGGAGCUGCAGAGUCAUCUCCGGGGGCGGCCUGGUGCUGUGCGGCGCCUACGUGUUCAGCGCAGCGCGGAAGGUGAUGCGACAGGGCGGGCCCACGUCCAUGGGCACCGUGGCGCAGAUCACCUUCGCCGCAGGUUUGGCCGCGUGGGGAAUUGUUGUCCUCAUGGAUCCAGUGGGCAAAUCCCAGAGGAAGACAUGA